AUGGUUCAUACUAUUUACAUACUACAAAACAAGACAACCAUCGAAGGUAUAUCAUCACGUUCACGAACGAAUUAUGUAAGAGUACAAUUUGAUUCCGAGAAUCCAUCAAAUUAUGGAAUAGCUACAAUAAGAGAAGGGGAAAAUUUAUGGAAUUUGGGUUGGAAACAAAAUUGGAAAAAUAUUAUGGGAUCGAAAUGGUGGUUUUGGUUUGGAGAUGGUAUGAUUUAUCCUUAUAAUCCUAUUAUACAUAAUCGUUUAAUAGAAGAAGCUAAAAUACAAUCUCAACCACAAGAUGAUAAUAGAACAUCUUCAAUGAUACAACAAUCUCAACAAUAA